CAGAUCAAAAUUUUCACUAUGAGAAUGCCCAACCUCACAGAUGCCAUUGGUGGUAUGUCGCUAUCAACACCUCACCGCAUUCUUGUUGUCGGUUGUGCCUACGGAGGCAUUGCAGCAAUUGUCAACCUUCUCGAACUGUCCAACGGCAAGGCAAGACAGCCCAUCUACCCAGGACCAGAUUUCAAAGGAGUAAAGAGCAGACGAGGUGUUGAAGUCACCGUCAUCGACGAGCGCGACGGAUACUUCCACUCGGUGGGAGCUCCGCUUGCCCAUGUGGCACCGAAGUACACAAGUCACAUGUGGAAGCGCUUCUCGCACUUGAACGAAUUGAAGCAGUCCAACUUGACAUUCAGACACGGCUCAGUCAAGAGCAUUGAUCCUGAGGCUAAGGUUGCCGAAUGGUCUGACCGCAACGGCAAGACUCAGCAGCAAGCGUAUGACUAUCUUGUAGUGGCUACAGGGCUCAAGAGGCAUUGGCCCGCAGUCCCAAAAUCGGGUAGCUAUGAGGAUUAUCUACGAGACGGAAAAUCAUUCAUCCAGAAGAUUACAGGCGGUGAUGAGUCGCAGCACGAUGGGCGACGAGUAGUCGUCAUCGGCGCUGGCGCUGUUGGAAUCGAGUUCGCCGGCGAGAUCAAGCAAUAUUACCCAAAGAUCGGAGUCACGCUUGUGCACUCUCGCGAUCAGGUCCUGUCAUCGGAGCCACUGCCCUCAGAGCUCAAAGAUCGUGUGGGGACCAUGCUGAAGGAAGAGGGUGUUGACGUCGUUCUCGGCAGCAGAGCUAAGAUUGAGGAGCUUUCAAACGGUAAAUUCGAAGUUACCCUGGCGAACGGUGAGAAGAUCACAGCAGACUUUGUCAUCGAUUCGACAAGAAAGGGCGAGCCUACGACUGGCAUCCUCCCCGACGCCUGUCUGAACAAAGAUAAAGAGAUUGUGGUCAAGAACAGUCUCGUGUUCAAGGAAACCAUCCCCAAUUCCACAUACCACUUCGGUGUUGGCGACGUUAUCCAAUGGACGGGCAUCAAGCGUGCUGGAAGCGCUACGGUCAUGGGUCAGGCCGCCGCGAUGAACAUCUACUCGUCGAUCCUGAACUCCGAGCUUCCAGACACUGCAUCAGACUCUGAUCGCUACGAGCAGACGGAGCUUCCAUCAUGGGAUGCCGUCAUUGGCAUUGCGGUUGGCAAACAGUGCCUUACGUAUGAUCCCAAGAACGGUAUCAAGUAUGGUGUCGAAGUUAUGCAGAGCUACUUCGGCGAGGAUCUGGGCUGGGCCGCGAGUUUGAAGUACAUGGGGCUGACAGAUACUAUUGACCCCGUCGAAGUCGAAAUUAAGGAGCCAGAAGCGGCGAAGCUGACAGAAGUUGGCAUUCAGCCCGUCGGCAUCGCAGCAUAG